AUCAGCAAAACACGAAAUGUCAACGGUCUCUGUCCCACAUAAAUAAAACCCACACCCACAAUCCCCCUUUCCAAAUUCACACAAACUCAAGAAAAGAAAUGAAACUAGCCUGGUCACCAGAAAGAGCAUCCAAAGCAUACAUCCACACAGUCCAAUCUUGUCAGGUUUUCCGCGAAUCAGGAGCGGCGGAGUUUAUUUCGGCCAUGGCGGCGGGGUGGAACUCGCAGCUCAUCGUGGAGACGUGGUCGCAGGGAGGAGUUAUUGCCACCAGCGUGGGAUUAGCCGUGGCGAGGUCUCACACGUGCGGACGACACGUGUGCGUAGUUUCCGACGAGCGGGCGAGGUCGGAGUACGUGGAGAGAAUGGGCGAGGCGGGCGUAACGGCGGAGAUCGUGGUUGGGGAACCGGAGGAUGUGAUGGAGGGUUUGGUCGGCGUAGAUUUCUUGGUGGUUGAUUCUCGAAGGAAGGAUUUUACGCGUGUGCUGAGGCUUGCAAAGUUGAGUAACAAAGGUGCCGUGUUGCUCUGUAAGAACGCGAAUUCAAACUCCAAGGGUUUUAUAUGGCGGAGCCUCGUGGCGAAAGGUUCUUCGCGGCGUCUUGUUCGUUCGGCGUUUCUUCCUGUGGGGAAGGGACUUGACAUGGCACACGUGUCUGCCUCUGGAGGUAAUAAUAGCAGCUCGGGGCAUAGAUGGAUUAAGCAUGUUGAUCAACAUUCAGGGGACGUGCAUUUUAUUCGAAGAUGAAUUUAAUGAAUUUUGUUUUAUCCACCGCCAUAUUAACCUAUUUUUCUUCCCUUUUUGUAAAUACUACAGGAGUAUGUCUAUGGAUGUAGUAUAUAUAUCACAAAAUUAAAGGAUUAAUGUUAACUCGUCGUGUUACACGGUGAGAAGAAGUUAAACUCAAUAUUGUUUGUAUGUAUAUAUAUAAUUCAUUCUCUUGUAAAAUCCUUGUAUCACAAAUCAUUCAUUUCUUUAUUUAUUUAAUAAAGAUGUAUAAACAUUCCUUGUUCCU